AUGGUCAAAGUCCUCAUCUCCCUCAGCGUGUUCGCCUGUGCAGCUACGGCUGGCUCCGUCACGGAACUCGUCGAGUCUGUGACCAAGUUCAACGGCUACUCCAUCAACCCCUGCGACGACUUUUACCAAUAUGCGUGUGGGGCGUGGCACAAGGAGGCUGUGAUACUAGUACCCCCGGACAUACACCGAAUUGAUAGGUCGUUGAACAAGUUAGACAUCCAAAACGAAGCCGUAUUGACGAAGAUUUUCUCUGACAACAAGACCAAGCGAGAAAACCAAGCUUGCCGCGAGAAGAAAGCUCACGUGCGCUUAGCGAAGUUUGCGCUUGGCGAUUUUGUGCUGUUGGGAAAAAUCAUCAAGUUCCCCAACAAGUUGGCACUCAACUGGAAAGGUCCGUACCGCAUAUCGCAGGUGGACUCGGACUAUGUAAUGGAAGUCCAACAGCCUGUGGAGCCGUUUCGGACGACGGUCCACCAUGCCAGCCGGCUGAAGCUUUCAGCAAAGCUGCAUUGGUUCAGCUAG